CCGGUUUUGCUCUACGCUCGGCGAGUUCGUCCAGUGCUGAGUUCGGCGGGUGCGGAGUUUACGGCUGUGCCGCUGCCCCAUCUUCCGUUGGAUCUGCCUGCGACGUCGUUGGGUCUCUUUGCAAGGAAAUAGAGCAGCAGCUGCCAUCAACUGCAAUUCCAUCACACAUUCAUGAUGUUUCCCUUGGCCAGAAAUGUAUUAAGUAGUCUCAAGAUUCGAAGAAUUCAGCAAAUUAGGUCAAGACAGAGCCACACAAAACACUCACCAGGUUUUCAUGACAAAUAUGGCAAUGCUGUAUUAGCCAGUGGCACCACUUUCUGUGUUGUUGCGUGGGUGUUUAUGGGCACACAGAUUGGAUGGAACCUGUCCCCUGUUGGCAGGGUUACCCCCAGAGAGUGGAAUGAUGAGUAACCAUCACAGUCACUGUAAUGCUGAAUUGUUUCAAAAUCAACUUACCUGUUAAGCACUCUGCUGCUCAUUUAAAUGAGCAUAAACUAAAUAAAAGUACAUUAAUAAUCUUUAAAAAGUCAUUGAAAAUAGUCAUUAUAGUGCCUGGA